UUCAACUCACCUCAUUAUCCGUUUCCCAGAUUUACAGACCCCUCUCCCAAGAUAUCCACAUUAUCUAACCCAUAUCUACCAACGACAUUCUUCUAUUUCUACCUGCAUACUUGACCUACUUUUCUAACGUGCUUCUUACUUCUCUUGUCUGCUGCACCGACUGCAAGCUCAAGUUCUACUACGUGCUGCACAUUAUUUUACUGCAACUGCAACUGCAACUGCUUGCAAUUCUGCACUACCACUCCUACCACCAUACGACCCAUACAACCACUCGAACCAAAAAGGGACCCAACAGACUUAGACUUCUUACAGACUUACAGUCCUUUGUACCUCCAGUCUCCACUUCAGAUCAAGCCAUACAAUCCCUUCCUGCUGUUUGUCUCGUCCGACUUACAUCGGAACCCAGACUCAACCCACUCAUACACCACCACUCUUGUCCCUCACAUAUCAACUGAGCUUCUCCCACCCCAAUUCUUACCUCAAAAUAUUCAUAUCAAACAUUCCCAUCCUCAUAAACAGUCACUUCUUUUGUUAUUCUUGUCUUUUUCUUUGACAGAAAAAACAUAGCAAGUGAUUUGACUUUUCACUCAAUCAUCUCAUUGAUUAAUCCGCCCAAAACGAAUUUGCCUUUUUCAUAUCCUCUCCCUACCCCGAUAAUUCAAGUUUUCGUGAUCGUUGACGAUCUAUCGAUAACAUUUAUCUUUUCUCACCGCCACUAUUUAUCUAUUUUACCCCAUCUCAUCCGAAAAUAACUUCGCUUCCCCCAAACCCACCUCUUCCUUAACCACAACACCAACCCACCCUCACAACAGACCACAGCAGGAACUUCUUUGCUAUGGCUGCCUUCCCAAUGCACAAUUACUACAGACAAUCGUCAUUAUCUGUCGAUACUCAACCCCAUAACUACUUUGAAGAGGACGAAGGAAGCAUUCUUGAUGAUAACAUCCUCGACCACUCUGCAUUAGAUUCCGGCUUAGAAAUGUCUCCACCCAUGGACAAUAGCAGGCGGGAAUCCUUUGCAGUAUCUUCGACAUUGUUCUCCCCCAAGGCUGAUGAAUGGCAACACGUCGACAUGCAACCAAUGGCAUCCAACAAUCCCUUUGUCGAGCAUAACAGCAACAACCCAUUCAUGCGUAUCGAGGCUGCACAAAACGCAACAUAUGGACAUUCGAAUCACGGCUGGGGUAUGGGAAAUGGUUCGGGUAUGAGCACACCAAUGCAAGGUCAUGAUGGACUUCCAUCUGAUUAUGAGGUCAAUGUUCCUAUCUUUCAACGUCCCGUGCAAACACCAUUCACAAACCCUGGAAACCAUCAACUACCUCUCUUCUCCGCCAAUGGCUCAAGUCAUCCAUCUCCACAAAAGGACUGGUCCGUUUCAGAGAUGGAUCAUCGUAUUCCAAAGCGCAUGCGUCCACACAGCCCAACUCUUCGAUCGCAUCCUGAGAUGUCUAGAAGGGGUGAUGGUAUCCGAAAGAAGAAUGCCCGUUUCGAUAUUCCAGCCGAGAGAAAUCUCACCAACAUUGAUCAACUCAUCUCUCAAUCCACCGAUGAGCAGGAGAUUAAAGAGCUCAAGCAGCAAAAACGUUUGUUGAGAAACCGACAAGCAGCUCUUGACUCACGUCAACGAAAGAAGCAGCACACUGAGCGCCUUGAGGACGAAAAGAAGCACUACACUGCUUUGAUUAACGAUCUCGAGGAGGACUUGGCCGAAGCAAAACUUGCUUUGGAUGAGUGGGCUCGUAAAGAGCAACACUACCAACAAUACAUCGAGAGCUUGCAGAUGGAGAAGGAAGAGAUGGUGCGAACUCACACCCUCGAAACCGGCGACCUCCGCAAGAAAGUGAGCGUCCUCACAGAGCACAUGCAAAAGAUGGAAAGCACUGCCAUGUCGACUGUUCCCAGUUCGACUGGCUUCUCUGCCGACUACUCUGACAUUGAUGGUUUGAACAUGGAUGGCAAUUGGGACAACAUCUCCUUCCUUAAUGACUUUUCCAUGGAAAGUGAGAUUAAGGUUGAGAAUUCAAUGGUUUCCGCCAAGAAGGUCGACACUUCCCUUCUUAGCGAGCCAGAGAAGCCUGCUGCCCAAGGCCUCCUCUUGAUGUUGCUCCUUGUCGGUGCUUUUGUCGCUUCAAAGGGUUCUUCUCCUAGCAUUCCUAGAAUGUCGGAUGAUGUUCGUGCUGCAUCUGCAACACUUCUCGAAGACGUUUUCAAGGAUGCUGGCAUUCAACAAUCCGCUUCUGCUGUCUCUGAUGUUACCAACGCAAUUGCACCUCUCCCAUCUGGUUCCUGGUCUACUACUCAAAACCCAUCUCUGGGAGGCAACGAAAUGGUCGGCGUCACAUCAUCAACCCUCGGAGAUCUUGCCAACAGUCUUUCGCAACCAACAGAAGAACAAAACAACGAGCAACUCUUUUCAUUGUCUGCCGCACAAUACAAUGGGUUGACUUCUCAAGAUUUCCUCGACAAUUCUCCCGCCACAAGAUCAACAUCUCAAGGACGAAAGAAUCUCGGUGAAUCACUUGCUGCCAUGCGAUCGAAUUCCAAGAAAUCGGCCGCCGAGGUUUACACUCGAUCACUAUUAUGGGAUCAAGUUCCAAGUGAGGUUGUCAGGAAUUUUGCCAAGUUGGUCUCGGAAUGUAAUUCCAGGAAUGGUCCAGAAGAGUGCGAUACCUCAUCGGGUUAAACUUUUCCAAGUUUCAAACCUAAACAUGUCAUCCAAAAAACUCUACUUCGACAACACAAAUUCUUUUACUCUUCGAACAAAAACUUUACGGCUUUUACGAUUUUACGGCUUCAUUGCGAACAGAGACUUUGUUGCUCACGCAUCUUCUCUUAAUGUCUCAAUUUGUUAAUGAGCGAAAUAGCGAGCGUUUGAAUUUUUUACUUGAAUUUUCUAUUUUAUGGCUUAAUGGUUUUAUGGUUUACGGAUGGUUAUUUUCAUUUUCUCCUUUUUUUUCUCUCUCUGUUACUGCAUCAUCGUCAUCGUCGUCAUCAUCGAUCAUAGUUAGCGACGGGUCAUCAAACUUGGGACUUUUCUUAAUUUCAUAUUGAUUAUUAUUAUUUUCGCCAGGCAUAAGACGAACAUCAGAUCGCAGCUGGACAGCAAUGGGAAUACAUAUAUUUUGUAAAUUGGACGGAUGGGUAUUCGGAGGGGAUGGAUCUCUAUUGGAUUGGAAACGGGCAUUUGGAACGGAAGGGGGUGGCUACUCUACGCAUUACACAUCGCACACCACAAGCUAUGUCUAGCAACCAAUUUUCCUUAUACAUUACCACUCAAAAGUUUCAUUACGACUACGUUAUCACGAACUAUUUCAUGAAUAUUAUUUUAUCAAUACCUACAACGACACAAAGAAUCACUCUACGCAAUUACCCCUCUCCAAGUUUGUUCCAAAUUGAAGCGUUUGCUUUGAAUACACAAUCGAUGACUAUCUUCGCAUAUACAUACAUCCUAUCAUACUAUCCAUAUACCAAUUCAGAAUGUUUUACGUUUUACGAUUACUCGCGAUUUCUUUUCCAAGACUCACUCACGAUGAGCAAUGACAUGCAAUCAUGACUGAUGAAUGAAUGAAGAGGAAUGAAAGAUCUACCUCACGGUACUAUCGAAGAGAUAUCGAAAGAUCUAAAACACACCACAUCAACCGAUCACGAUCAGAUCAUCGGGAUUUCCUUUUAAAAAUCUCCUUUACAGAUUUCGGAUAUGUCAUUUUGAUGCAGUAUUUUCUAUAUCUCAAGGGACUGUUUUUCUUGUACCUAAUUCGGUCCUAUCUGUUGCUUUUGGCUUGUGUUGUCUAUCAUGGAAUGGGGGAUAUGAGUUGCUUGUUUAGAAACUCAUUUUUUUGUAUUUAAUUUUGACUUUACUCCACAUAUACCGUAGGAUGAGAUGAGAUGGAACAAUCAGAUAGGAAAAAACACACAAGAAAAUGGUCAAUAAUACAUGCGAUUCAUGUUCAAA